AUGGACACUAGAUCAUACCGACAAUCACCUGAACUCAAACCCCCUAAAGAGCUGCGUCGCUGGAACUAUGAUGAGGAAAAUAGGCUCCUCUACCUUAUCAAAGUAGAAGAGAAAACUUACAAAGAAGCAGCAACCAGUUUGAACCGUUCCAUACAAUCUGUACAACACCGCUAUUCAAUUAUCCGACAGAGGGACGAAAGCGCUUCCAUAUCCUGGACUGCCGAACUCGAUUCCGCAAUAAUUGAUGGCAGACGCCGUGGGCUGACUCCCAAUGAGAUUGCCCAGGAGAUCAACAUACCGGAAAAAGCCAUUCAAUCUCGAUGGCAAGCCCUCCGGGCAGCGAAGAAAGUCCCCGAAGACGUUCUUGACCUUCGGCGGCGCAAACCGCUUCGUGAUUUUACUCCCCAGGAAGACGAAACCAUCUUAAAUCUAUAUGUAGAAGGGCAUGAUGAUAAGGAUAUAGCGGUACUUGCGGGUAUCGAAGGGAAGAGUCAGACGGAGAUUAUGAUAAGAAGACGGAAGCUGGUAGCUGAGAGUUCACCAAUAUAUAGAAGAUUGAUUGAAGAACAGCUGCAUAAAACGGGGAAGGAGGAUCUUACUUACAAGAAGAAAGAAAAGAUAGAUACACUGGAAUCGGCGGUGAACAGACAAAAGUAUGGAUGGAUGGAUGGAUGA